AAGCCUCUGUUCGCGUUCUCCCGUCACCUUUUCGCGCCCGCCCCCGCUGCUCGCUCCGGAGCGAGACCGAGGUCGAGGCCGGGUGCCGACUGUCCUUCCCCAAGAUGGCGGCGGGGCCGGGCCGGCGGCGGCGGCUGUUGCAGCUACUCAUGCAGUUCGGUUCGGUGCUGCUCACACGGUGUCCGUUCUGGGGCUGCUUCAGCCAGCUCAUGCUGUACGCCGAGCGGGCCGACGCGCGCCGGAAGCCAGACAUCCCAGUGCCCUACCUGUACUUUGACAUGGGGGCUGCUGUGCUCUGUGCCAGCUUCAUGUCAUUCGGGGUGAAGCGCCGUUGGUUUGCACUGGGAGCUGCCCUCCAGCUGGCUGUCAGUACCUAUGCAGCCUAUAUAGGGGGCUAUGUCCACUAUGGAGACUGGCUUAAGGUCCGAAUGUAUUCCAGAACCAUUGCUAUUAUUGGUGGUUUUCUGGUGUUGGCUAGUGGGGCAGGUGAACUCUAUCGCCAGAAACCACGAAGCCGAUCUCUUCAAUCUACAGGCCAAGUGUUCUUGGGCAUCUACCUCAUCUGUGUGGCUUACUCUCUCCAGCACAGCAAAGAAGACCGGCUGGCAUAUCUGAACCACAUCCCAGGAGGGGAACUUACACUCCAGCUGCUCUUCAUCCUUUAUGGUGUCCUGGCUCUGGCCUUCCUCUCUGGCUACUAUGUGGCCCUGGCUGCUCAGAUCCUGGCUGUCCUGCUACCCCUCAUCAUCCUCCUCAUUGAUGGAAACAUCGUCUAUUGGCACAACACUCGACGAGUUGAGUUCUGGAAUCAGAUGAAGCUCAUUGGCGAGAAUGUGGGCAUCUUUGGGGCUUCGGUGAUCCUGGCCACGGAUGGCUGAAUGGCACCCCUUAGGAAUGGGGUGAGAGGGGCAGAUUUUUUUGGGGGGUGGUGGUACAGGGGAUUUUCUUCCAUAGGCUGUUUAUUUAUGCUUAAAAAACAAAACAAAACCAAAAAACUUUCUUUUGUAAUGAUUGACAUGAAAAAGAUCUUUAUCCUGUUUCCCUAGGAAAUGCACUUUAAGAGAAAGGAAGAAGCCCUAGCAACUGGGAUGGAGUGGGGGUGAUGACCUCCCCCAGGGCUUUUCUGACCCAGGAAGGGAGGAUUUAUUUCAGGAGAGGAACCUCUGGGAAGAUCUGGGGAGGCUUAUGGGGUGGUAGGGCCAGUAGAGGAAGGGAGAAGUUGGAUAGACAGAAGCAGACUAGAAGAGAAGCAAAGACACAGAGAAAGACAAGGACCAGAUGUGUAUAUUUCUUUUUCUUACGGUGUCUAGCAUUUUGAUAAUGGGGGUGUGUGUGUGUGUGUGUGUGUGUGUGUGUGUGUGUGUGUGUGUGUUGUACGUAGCAGCAUGGACCAGACUCAAGACUAGACAAGGGGACUGACCCAGCCCAGUUUAAGUUUCAUUUGUAUUCUCUGGGUUUCUGAAGGACAGGGGCAAAGCUAGUCUGUUCCUAUCAGCCCCCUUCACCAAUCUGCUUAACAUUCCUCCUUGACUGGGACCCAGGGUAAGGUGAUUGAGAACAUGGCUCUCCUCCAACCCAUUGUCCCCACUCUGAUUGAAACCUUCUCCAGGAUCCGCCAUGUCUUUGCUCCAAGUUGUGAGGUGGAUAUCCUGGGGGCAAGAGCACCCCUCUCCUCCUUUUCCGUGUUCCCCAGUCACCGUACUCCACCAUCUUCCAGAAAUAAACACUCUAUACAUAC